AUGACAAUUUUAGCAUCAAUUUGUUCAAUUUUAGGGAGAAAUAAAAAUAAUAAUUCAAUAAAUUCAUUAUUACCAUAUAAAUAUAAUGUUGGAUAUACAUUAAACUCUAUAACUGAAUUACAACCAUUUGACAAUUUAAAUAUUUCACCUGAAAUAAGAAAUGAUUUUUAUGGUACAAAUUCAUUAAACUAA